UCAGCAAUAUGGCGACUUGCACAGAAACGUUUCGUGUUGAUCGUGACCAAUUAGACGCAAAUUUCGAUGGCUAUAAACUAUCCCUCGAUCCUCUGCCAGUGUAUAGUGUAAACGUUGAUUCGGGUGUAGACGAAGUCAAGUUGCAAGAGAACCAAUAUUCCCUACAACAUGUUAGAGCUUUUGGUGUUCAUAAUUACCUACUUCUAGAUCAGUGGAAUCCAAACUCUGUUUUCUACGUGGAUGAUCAGUGGAAGGUGAUGCAGCUGAGAGUUGUAUUGGAAUCUCAACUGAGUCCUGCAGAGUCAGUGUUUCAGAUUCCUGCCACCAACCACAAAUCAGCAUCCAAUAGACAUUUUGUGACAUUCCACUUUCCUGGACCACACUGGGCACUUUUAGCUGAUGGGGCUGGUACCUUGUAUAUCUUGGAAACUGGCAACAGAGACCAGGUAUCAGCUCCAGAAUGGAAGAUUAUUUAUUCUGAAUCACUGUGUGGAAGUGAGAGGCCGUUUGUUAUCCUUGAUGCUACCCUUCAUAUAUCAGACUCUGCUACCACUGUAGACUGCCUACUGCUGUACAUAGAAGAAGAAAAGACAGAUACCAUGUUAUCCUCGUCUCAUUUCACUUCAGUGAUUGAAUGGAUCACUAUUACACGGCAACCAGAAACACCUCAUUUUCAAGUGGAGCGGAAACGGAAACUCCAUUCUAAAGCUGCUCCACAAUUUGCAGCAUUGGAACCAUCAGGUUAUGCUGUCCAUAUUUCAGCUGAUUAUGAUUUUAAUAUAGUGGAAGACUCAUUGAAGCCUGUUGAGAAGAAAGAAACGCCAAAACCACUAGAAAAAAGUGACACAAUCUACAGCUGGACGCAGACAUUGGAGGAUGUGACUGUCACAUUUGUCCUACCAGAUGGCACAAAUAAAUCUGAUAUUGAUAUCAAGUUAUCUUGCAAAGACAUAUCCAUUGGGAUUAAGAACUCAUUUACAUUGCUGCAAGGUAUCCUGCAUGCCAAGAUAGACGUGGAUGUCAGCACCUGGACUGUGGAAAAAAGAAAAUCUGCACGUGCCUUUUUUAGUAAAUCUGGACCUAGAAACCAAAAUACAACUAUAUAA